UGGACUGAACCCUUGAGCAUUCAUCAUCUCACUCCGACUCACACAUCUCGACCGACCGAGGAAGACCAUACCCACCAUCGACCCUCGGCCUGCUCUUCACCGCCAUCAUCCCCUCUCCACUCAUCCCUACCAAUUCACAUCUUCGUUACUGCCACCACAACUGGUUCUGUUCCCCUCCAGCGUCUCUGCUUGUCGCAGCAAACACCAUCACCUCCAGUUAUGAACGUGCUGGAAUUGAAAGCAUGCAAAGAGGACACACCCGACUUCCGCAAGCAAGUUAACGAGCAUGAGGAUGCCGUUCUUGCACUCGAGACUUCUGUCAGAUCCCUGUUGAAACUAUCCAAGGCGAGCGUGGAGUUGACUGAAGAGUACACCGCCAAGCAGUUGCAGAUGGCCGAGGAGAUGAUGGCUCUCGCCCAGUCUCAGCGGGGCCAUGACUUUAUCGUCACUCAGUCGAUUGAGACGUUCGCGCGUGCGAUCCAGGAUCUGGAGAGGAACCGAUCCAUGAUGAACACUCAAAUCACCCAAAUGUUCAUCGAACCUAUGGAGACUUUUCUCAACCAUGAGGUCGUCCCUGUCAAGGAAGCGAGAAAGUCGUUUCAAAGGACUAGUGAUGAGGCGGAUCAAGCGCUUCAUCGCUACAUGAGCAAGAGGGCGCGUGAUCAGACUAUCCCAGAGGCCUCCAAGGAUGUUGCUGACGCGAGGAAAAAAAUGCAUGUAGAGUAUGUCGACUAUUGCAUCAAACUAAACGAGCUACAGGCAAGGGAAAAGUUUGAGUUUACAGAACAUAUCGUCACAUACAUGUAUACCCUGAGUUCAUUCUACCAUCGCGGAUACGAUGUUUUGAGCAAUGCUGAGCCCUACAUGUCGACAAUCACAGAAAACAUCCAGGGAGCUCGAUCACGAUUUACGGAAGAAAAGCCGAUUAUUAAGGCAUUGAGAGAGGAGACAUUGAACGUUGGAAACGAGGUCUACUACCCAUUGCGGCCCUUUGGAAGCAGCGCUGAGGUUCGGACACACGCUACCACGAAAUCUGGAUAUCUAUACAAGAAGGGUCCUCAGAGGGUAAUGGCAAGCUGGAGUAGGCGCUACUUUGAGAUCGAGGGAGAACUUCUGUCAUACACUACCAGAGGUCCCAACCUGAAAUCCGACAGCGACUCCAGCAUGGUAAUCAACUUGCGAGUAUGUACCGUCAAAACGAUCGAGAACGGAGAUCGACCGCAUCUUUUUGAGGUAAUCUCGCCGAUGCGUGUUCAUUACUUGCAAGCUGAAAAUUCGGAGGAUAUGAAGGAGUGGGUAUGCUGUCUGCAAAAUGCUAUUACGGCAGCCCACAAUUCAGAAAAUGCACCGGAGGUCCGGGGAUUCGGCAGUAGCAAGGAGAGGAGCGAGCCUUCAUUUUCGCAGCAUGGAUCACCCAAUCUAAACGGAAAUACGGACCAGGACAAAUUGCUGCUACUGCAGGUGCGCAAGAUCCCUGGCAACGAAGUCUGUGCCGACUGCAAGUCAUUAAGUCCAAUGUGGGCGAGUGUCAAUCAUGGAACAGUUCUUUGCAUCGAAUGUUCAGGAAUCCAUCGCAGUUUGGGCGUACAUGUCAGUAAAGUGCGAUCCCUCAACCUGGACAAAUGGGAGACGGAAACCGUCGGUCUGAUGUUGAAGUUGGGCAAUGAAAAAACCAACAAGAUCUUUGAGGCCAAGAUAUUGAACGGGGCUGAAGAGCGUUGGGUCUCAGUCAACUCGGACAGAGCUGAAAGGGAGAGAUUCAUUAUGGCCAAGUACAUCAGGAAGGAAUUCAUUGAUGAUGACAGCGAUAAGAAAGAGUUUUUGACACGCUCAGUUCACGAGGCGUUCUGGGAGGCGAUGGAUGUGUCAGACUACAGCGAAGCGUUGCGUUGCCUGGCCCUGGGCGCCAAUAUCGACCAUCACAAUGAUGACCACGGGUCGAUGACUUCGCUGCACCGAGCAAUUGUUCGACGAGACGACAUUGCAGUUGAGUUCCUGUUCCAGUGGUUCUGUGACAUUAAUGCGAUCGAUGGCGAGGGCUGGAGCGCACUGCACCACGCAGUUGCGAAUGAUAACUCGAAGGUUCUGACCAACCUGAUCAAGAGACAUGCCAAGUACGAUAUCAGGAACAGGAACGAUCAGACCCCACUGGACCUUGCAAAGUCGCUGGAGAAGAGCGAGGCCCUGAUCGUCCUUCAGAUCUACCAGUUUGAGCACCAGCAGACAGAGCAAACGCGACCUUCUAGUGCGCAAUCCGGAAACAUGUCAACCCCUGUCCUGUACCAGUCCCAAGCUCCUUCCCCGUCCCCAUCGCUCCCAGGCUCUGCUUCAACAUCGUUCUCAGAACCUUCAGGAUUUGCAUCUGCGGACACCAUUUCCUUGGCUUCGACCGCAAACGGAUCUCUCCCGCCGUUAUUGGCGACGUCAUUGUCAAGCACCAUCCUGCCAACCAUGGCUACGAUGUCCAAACCAAAGGAGGGUAAACCCAGCUUAUCUUCGAGAAACAGUACUGGGACCGUUUCAACGUCUGCGAAGUCGUCCUCAAGUGUGGCCUCCACACCAACGAGGUUCUCGGUGGCGGACUCGCGUUCCUUGGCAAGCACGAUUAUCACGAGCUCGAAUCCUUGGGCUGAAGAGGCUGAAGCUGGAAAGAUCCAUGGGACUGAGGCUGUGGAGGAGACUGCUGAGGCAGCCUCGAUCAAGGGAGAGGAUGCGAAGUGAGCUUCAAGCAAAGCACAGAAACAACAGGACUCUAAACCAUCCAUAGAAAAUAAAAUAAAAUAAAAUAAAUAAAAUGCAAAGACAUCAAACGUCUGCGCAACAUGUUUACGGUUUUAA